CUGGGCGUCAGGUCGGGGAGCCGGUCGGGUUCCCGCUCGCCGCCGCCGCCGCCCCCCGCAGCGACUCUCCCGCCGCGCCGGCCGCGGGAACUGCAUCGCCAACUCUGCUCGGCCUUGGAGCCGCCGGCCUGGGAGCACAGAGUCCGGGACGCGACACGCAGAGCCCCCCAUCACCUCCAGCCGAGGCGACCCCUCCCGGGUCCGCCCCGGUCCUCCGCGGCCGCCGGAGCCCCCAGCCCCGAGCGGCCUCACGGCCCGAGGCCCGCAUCCCGGCCCCUGCACUCCCGCAGCCGCCGCCGCCCCCCACCCCGAACAUGGACUCCGACUCCUGCGCCGCCGCCUUCCACCCUGAGGAGUACUCCCCCAGUUACAAGAGGCGGAGGACCGUGGAGGAUUUCAACAAAUUCUGCACUUUUGUGUUGGCCUAUGCUGGCUACAUCCCUUAUCCAAAGGAGGAACUCCCUUUGAGGAGCAGCCCCAGCCCUGCCAACAGCACCGCUGGUACCAUUGACAGCGACGGCUGGGACACUGGCUUCACGGACAUCUCGUCCGGGGUGCCCUUGCCAGUCUCUGACCGCUGCUUUGGCCACCUGCAGCCCACCCUCCUGCAGAGAGCCAAGCCAGGUAACUUCCUGCUGGACAGAAAGAAGACCGACAAGCUGAAGAAGAAGAAGAAGAGGAAGCGAAGGGACAGUGACGUGCCUGUGAAGGAGGGGUACAUGGGCAGCUUGCUGAAGCUGGAAGCCGCCGAUCCAUAUGUCGAGACCCCCACGAGUCCCACCCUGCAGGGUAUCCCCCAGGCCUCUGGCGACCCCUGCUCGGGCUGGGACUCCGACACUCCUUCCAGUGGCUCUUGUGCCACUGUGUCACCUGAUCAGGUCAAAGAAAUAAAAACUGAAGGCAAACGGACUAUCGUCCGACAGGGAAAGCAGGUGGUUUUCCGGGACGAGGACAGCACGGGCAACGAUGAGGACAUAAUGGUGGAUUCAGAUGACGACUCCUGGGACCUGGUCACCUGCUUCUGCAUGAAGCCAUUCGCCGGCCGCCCCAUGAUAGAGUGUAACGAGUGCCAUACCUGGAUUCACCUGUCCUGUGCGAAAAUCCGGAAGUCCAAUGUUCCGGAAGUGUUUGUCUGCCAAAAGUGCCGGGACUCCAAGUUUGACAUCCGCCGUUCCAACCGUUCCAGAAUGGGCUCCCGGAAGCUAUUUCUGGACUGACUGCUGGCGAGUGAGGAAUCAGAAGGGACAAUGGGCUUGUUGGCCUCUCUCUUAGUUGAACACAGAACUCUCAGCUCUGGUGCGGGCAGACCCCUGCCAUUCAGGUGCCUAAGCAAAAGGACAGGCUGUCCAAGGUAUAAACUGUCCAUGGCCAGUGACUGAAUAAAAUCCUCCUUGGCUAAAGCUGCUGCUAGAGCUGUGUUCUCUGCAGUGGAGGUGGACUAAACACCCAAGUGUAGUGGGUUUGGUUCAGCUGAAUAUGAGGGUACGUGGUAGUUGUGAAUUCUUGCUGUCUUGUUAAACUCCCGCCAAUUGGCACAAGUGCUAGCUGUUAUUCCUACUUCCGCUGUGUUGGGGAGAGGUAGUCACUUUCCCCGGCCUGUUCACGAACAGCCAUGCGUGCAAGCUUUUUCUCGAGUGUAAGUCUUACCAUAAGUCUCUGUACAGCAACCAUCAAAGCUGCCCCUCCCUUAGUGGUGCCCCCCUCCCCUGCCUCACUGCUGCCUCUGUCCCCGGGGGCUGCCUGCUGGAGUCCUCUGGCCUCCGAGAGGAUCCUGGGGGUGGUGGGCCAGCUAGCGAGCCCUAGCUUUCCUUCUGUUUGUUAAAAGGGACAGUAUGUGGCCCCUUUUCUGUGGAAAGGGUUGGUUGGGGGGUUGAGGUGGCCAUGUUCAUAACUCAGUUUCCUGUUUUGCACGAUGUAAAAAACCUGUCUUUUUGCACGUUAAUAGCCAAAAGUAUUGGCAGAUUUCUGCCUGGGUGCCCUUUCUCUCCAGUUGGCAUAUGGGGGCCUGGGAGUUCCAGGCAAGCUGUUUUCAAGCGAGGGGGUAUUUAGGUUCCCUCCUCGCCUCUUCCCCUCACCUUAUUCCAGUAGUAGCAUAGAGGUUAGGCAAUCACAGGGGAGCGGUGUUCCUCUACAUAAUGGGGUGCAGGAAAAGUGGGAGGAAGUUCUCUCCCACAGGUCAUUCUUAGUGUCCCCUCAUACAGGCUGGCCUACUGGUUCUACGGGCCAAGGUUAGAACUUGAAGUCUUUUUUGUUUUGUUUUUUUUGAGUUGGUGAGUGAUAGGUAAUAUUGACCUCCAGGUACAUACCAUUGAUGUGUGCAGAGUUCCUUAGAUCUGGACUGGGAGACUCCUCCGGGACCAACUGGGGAGAAGCCAGGGAAUUUGCUCCCGAAGCCCUACAGGGCAGCGUACCCUGGGACACUGGCUGUUCUGGGGCCCCAGGGCCGGAGGGCUUCAGCUUUGUCCGAAAUUGACAUUGCUUCAUAGCAGUUCAAGCACUCGUUCUCAAAAAAUUUUUUUUGUAAUUCGACGGGUGUGUUUUCAUAAACAUUGUUUCUUGUAAAGCAUGAAAAGGGAAGAUACCCAAGUUAGUCAUAUUUGUUUACAGCAGGAUAGACCCCCUCAGUUUCCCUGCCGGGGGCUUCUGCAUGUGGUAUCCUUGUGCAGGGCCACCAGGUGGACUCCCCAUUCUCACUAGCACCAAGGGUUUGAACCGUAAUUGGUUCAUCAGAGCCCGUAAUUGGUUCAUCAGAGCCCGUAUUUUGUCCUAGUAUCAUUCAUGCUUGACCAGCCAACUGCUUUUUUUUUUUAGUUUUUAAUUCUGUUGCUUUUACUAACACAAAAAUAGAAGUAGUUUCUGAAACCCAGUUUAUUGUGAAGAUCCCCAAGAGAGAAGUUCUGCUGGAGAGAGAGAUAGUAAAGCUGGCUUAGAAGCAACUUUCUCCCUAGACAACUGUCUGGCUCUGACUCGGGCAAACGUGCAGGAAAAGUUGGGGAGGAAUUUGCCAAAGAUCUGCCCCAGGACAUGGCCUGUCCAGUGUCUUCACGAGAAUAGCCAAAGUUCCGAGGUGAUUUUCUUGUGUUUUUUUUUUAAAAACCCACGAAGUUUUCAAAGUGCAUUUAAGUAUCUGUGAUUUUACAGUGGAACUUGAACUGCCAGUGCUGGUGGUCGGUCGCUGUGUUGCUCUUUGAAGGUUCAAUGCCUGGUGACUCCUGGAAGGCUUUUGAUAUUCAUCUCAAUUUCUGUUUCUUCAUUUCCUUUUUGUUCUUUUAACAGGUCUGUCCCUGUGGGUGGUGUCUAAGAAGUCAAGACACCUUGGUUUUUAUGUUGAUUGAGCUAGGCAGCUGCAAUCAGCUUUAUGCAAAUUAGGCAUGGCCUAUCUAGGCAGUCCCGGUUGGUGGCUAAUGAGGGGAGGGAAAGAUGUCACCCCCAAAGUAGGCCCCUCCAAUUGGCUUUGGCCAGGCCAGACACUUAACAUCGUUUACAUGGUUCUGUGUAAUUAUAAAGUUUAUGUGUAUAAAGCGAAGCUGUUUCUGUGAAACUGUAUAUUUUGUAAAUAAAGAUAUUGCUACUUUGA